AGAAGAGAAUCGUCGGCCGGAUAAUUCAGACAAGUGUGGAGCUGCAACUGGGGGGUUGGCCGGAGUAGGGUUUGGAGAGGAGGUUAGUGAGGCGGCGCGUUAGCGCGUGGCGGCGGAGGAUGGAGCCUGUGAAUAUAGGCGUGAUAAGAGGAGGGAGCAUAAGAGGGAGCCUGAGAGGGAGCUUGAGAGGGAGUUCCAGAGCGAACAGCAAUUCGAUUUGGAGGAACACCGGCGUGGAGGUGUUUUCCCGGUCCUCGAGAGACGAGGACGACGAGGAGGCUCUGAAAUGGGCGGCGCUGGAGAAGCUGCCGACGUUCGAUCGGUUGAGAAAGGGGCUCCUGUUCGGAUCUGACGGGCCGGCGGCCGAGGUCGACAUCGACAAUCUCGGAGUCGAAGAGAGGAAGGCUCUGCUCGAGAGGCUCGUGAAUGUCGCCGAUGAGGACAACGAGAAGUUUCUGAUGAAGCUCCGGAACAGAAUCGACAGAGUCGGAAUUGAUCUUCCGAGCAUUGAAGUGAGAUACGAGCAUCUGAACGUGGAGGCAAUUGCUUAUGCCGGCAGCAGAGCUCUUCCUUCCUUCAUCAACUUCACUACCAAUUUCAUCGAGGAUUUACUGAACGCCCUUCACAUCACCAAGAGCAAAAAGAGGAAAAUCACAAUCCUGGAUGACGUCAGCGGAAUCAUCAAGCCGGGCAGGAUGACGCUUCUGUUGGGGCCUCCCGGCUCCGGGAAGACGACGCUUCUGCUUGCGUUGGCCGGGAAGCUGGACAGGGAUUUGAAGGUGGGAGGAAAGGUGACGUAUAACGGGCACGAACUCAACGAGUUCGUGCCCCAACGAACCGCGGCGUACAUAAGUCAACACGAUUUGCACAUCGGAGAAAUGACCGUCCGGGAGACCCUGGAAUUCUCUGCCAGAUGCCAGGGCGUCGGGUCUCGAUAUGAAAUGUUGGCGGAGUUGUCAAGAAGAGAGAAGGCAGCAAAUAUCAAGCCGGAUCCGGACAUUGACGUAUACAUGAAGGCUGCAGCUACAGAAGGACAAGAAGCCAAUGUUGUCACUGAUUACGUUCUUAAGAUUUUGGGACUGGAAGUAUGUGCAGACACAAUGGUUGGCGACCAAAUGAUACGAGGUAUAUCUGGUGGGCAGAAAAAGCGCGUGACCACUGGCGAAAUGAUGGUCGGACCAGCAAAAGCUCUUUUCAUGGACGAAAUCUCCACAGGACUUGACAGUUCUACAACCUAUUCAAUCGUCAACUCGCUGAGGCAGAACGUGCACAUUCUCAAGGGAACUGCUGUUAUUUCUCUGCUCCAACCAGCACCAGAGACCUAUAAUCUCUUUGAUGACAUCAUUCUGUUGUCGGAUGGGUAUGUCAUUUACCACGGGCCUCGUGAAGACAUCCUGGAUUUCUUUGAGUCCAUGGGGUUCAGAUGCCCAGAGAGAAAAGGGGCAGCUGAUUUCUUGCAAGAAGUGACGUCCAAGAAAGAUCAACAACAAUAUUGGAUCCACAGGGAUAAGCCUUAUAGGUAUAUCAAGGCAAAGGAAUUUGCCGAGUCAUAUCAAUCCUACCAUGUUGGGAGGAAGAUGACACAUGAACUUUCAGAGCCAUUUGAUAAAACCAAAAGCCAUCCAGCAGCCUUAUCAAAUGACAAAUAUGGUAUAGGAAAGAAGCAACUGUUGAAGGUUUGCACCAAUAGAGAGUAUUUGCUAAUGCAAAGAAACUCAUUUGCUUACGUCUUCAAAUUCUUUCAGCUUUUGGUGAUGGCAUUGAUCUCCAUGACACUGUUUUUCCGAACUGAAAUGAAUAAAGAUAAUGAAACGGGCGGAGGGAUUUACGUAGGUGCCCUGUUUUUUGGGGUGGUUAUGGUUAUGUUCAAUGGUAUGUCUGAGCUUCCAAUGACUAUCUACAAGCUGCCGGUGUUCUACAAGCAAAGGGACCUCCGUUUCUUCCCAGCUUGGGCUUAUGCUAUUCCUUCUUGGAUCCUCAAAGUGCCUGUUACGUUUGUCGAAGUCAGUAUCUGGGUUUUUGUUACUUACUAUGUCAUUGGUUUUGAUCCAAAUGUUGGCAGGUUGUUCAAACAGUUCCUGUUAAUGGUAAUGGUGAACCAGAUGGCUUCUGCAUUGUUCCGAUUGAUUGCAGCUAUGGGUAGGACAAUGGGAGUUGCAAACACAUUUGGAUCUUUUGCAUUGCUUUUGUUGUUUGCUUUGGGUGGCUUUGUGCUCUCUCGAGAUGAUGUGAAGGAUUGGUGGAUUUGGGGCUACUGGUGUUCACCCAUGAUGUAUGCCAUGAAUGCAAUUCUUGUUAAUGAAUUUAAAGGGAAGAGCUGGAAACAUAUUGCUCCAAAUGGUACUGAACCACUUGGAGAUGCAGUUGUGAGAUCAAGAGGAUUCUUCCCAGAAGCUAAAUGGUAUUGGAUAGGUCUCGGGGCACUUUUCGGGUUUAUAGUAGCCUUCAAUGUCUGCUAUGCACUAGCUCUCCAAUUUCUUAAUCCAUUUGGCAAACCCCAAGCUCUUAUAUCAGAUGAUGACGACAACGAAACUUCUGCCCAGAACACCUCUCAACAACCAUCACAAAUGUUUGUUGAUGAGGUGAUGGAACUAGUAGAGCUGAAUCCAUUGAGAUCAGCUCUUGUUGGGCUGCCAGGAGUUAACGGUCUCUCAACUGAGCAACGUAAAAGGUUAACGAUUGCAGUUGAGUUAGUGGCAAACCCAUCAAUCAUAUUCAUGGAUGAGCCAACUUCUGGACUGGAUGCUAGAGCGGCUGCAAUUGUGAUGAGAACUGUGAGGAACACUGUCGACACUGGUAGAACGGUCGUUUGCACCAUCCAUCAACCCAGCAUUGACAUUUUUGAAGCUUUCGAUGAGCUCUUUCUAAUGAAGAGAGGAGGACAAGAGAUUUAUGUUGGGCAAUUGGGACGUAAUUCAUGCGAUUUGAUUAACUACUUUGAGUCAAUUCGCGGAGUUUCGAAAAUCAAGGACGGGUACAAUCCAGCAACAUGGAUGUUGGAAGUGACCACUUCAGCUCAAGAAAUGUUACUGGGACUUGAUUUCACUGAUGAGUACAAGAAGUCAGAUCUCUACAGAAGGAACAAAGCUUUGAUAAGUGAAUUAAGCACGCCUCGCCCCGGUUCCAAGGACUUGUACUUCACAACUCAAUACUCACAGAGUUUCUGGAGCCAAUGCAUGGCCUGCCUCUGGAAACAACACUGGUCUUAUUGGCGUAACACAUCUUACACCGCAGUUAGGUUCAUCUUCACAACCAUCAUAGCAUUGGCUUUUGGGACAAUGUUUUGGGACCUCGGUACUAAAACCCGGAGGAGGCAAGAUUUGUUCAAUGCUAUGGGGUCCAUGUAUGCUGCGGUUCUCUUUCUUGGCGUGCAAAACUCUUCCUCGGUGCAGCCCGUGGUCGCGGUUGAACGUACCGUGUUCUAUAGGGAGAAGGCUGCGGGGAUGUAUUCUGCAUUACCAUAUGCAUUUGGACAAGCUGUUAUUGAAAUUCCAUACAUAUUUCUUCAAGCGGCGGUGUAUGGUGUGAUUGUUUAUGCAAUGAUUGGAUUUGAAUGGACGGCAACUAAAUUCUUAUGGUACUUCUUCAUAAUGUUCUUCACAUUUUUAUACUUCACAUUCUACGGGAUGAUGUCUGUGGCUGCCACUCCCAACGAAAGCAUUGCAUCCAUUGUGGCGGCAUUCUUCUACGGUGCAUGGAAUCUGUUUUCUGGUUUCAUCAUCCCACGACCCAGCAUGCCCGUGUGGUGGAGAUGGUACUUCUGGGCAUGCCCCGUGUCAUGGACAUUGUACGGAUUGGUGGCAUCACAGUUUGGAGACAUUGAGGGCGAGAAAAUGAUCGAUACGAAUCAAACUGUGAAAGAGUUCUUGGAAGAUUACUUUGGGUUUAAGCACGAUUUUCUUGGAGUGAUCGCGGCAAUGACUGUUGUGUUUCCGGUCCUUUUCGGUUUCAUUUUCGCCCUUGCCAUUAAAACUUUUAACUUCCAGAAAAGAUAGAGAGAGAGAGAGGAGGAGGAGGAGGAGGCCAGGUGCAUGUUGAUGAUGCUCUUCAAGUGUAAACGUAUAUGUACAGUAGUAUAUGCUACGCUAAUGGAAGUUUGAGUUCUUUUUUCUUUUAUUAAAAACCCUAUUCUUCUUUCACCCUGUACUUUUUCCUUAAAUGUAAUGUGAGUAUUUCAGCUCCUACAACCACUUAACUAUAGAGAGUUUAUACGACUUGCUGUUUGGUUGUAUUCAACUUGUAGUACUCCGUAAUAAAUUAUAGUUAUCCCUUUUUUUAUCUUUG